AUGGCAGCACGAAAUCCGAACCUUUGUGAUCACGCCAACGAAUUCAAUCAAACGAAAGCAUCAUGUUCAGAAGAUAUGGGCGGAGGCUGGAACACAUGUGAUGACGAGCCGACAAACCGUCCAGUCGGUGGAAGGCCAGACCACGAUAACAAGACUAUAUGUCUCGAGUGCUGGCAAAACGUGCUCGCGGACAUGCCUGUAGGACUGCACUAUGAUACAACCAUCAAAGCCACUGUCGGAAAUCUCGCCUACCGCCGAACGACAGUGUUGGGAAAUCAAGAAUGGGUUCUGCAAGAUUAUGCCAUAGUACGAGAGGUCGAUAACUGUAUCAAUUCGACCCAGACGCUGCUCUGCAAGUAUUGUGUCCUGGAUGAAAUCGCACAGUGGAGACGUUGCGAGUCGAAUCAGAAUUACGCAAAUGCUAUGAUGGCAAUGACAGGAAGAAGUCAAUUUGCGGAAGAUGACCAUACCAACACUUGUGUCUGCCGCAAAAAGUACAUGACUCACCCGUAUUACUGCCUGGAAUGCCUCAGAGACGCUCUGGAUGACCGCGUGCUCACAGCCACCAGAAACAAGGACUGGCUCGAUACCAUAGCCCACACAGCCAGUGGCGAGCGUAGAAUUGUUUCCGACGAAUGGCAAACCCAGAGAUUCGACCAAAACAUGACUAUACCCUGUCGCUGCGGCCGUGACAUAGAUCGUCAUGAUAGACACAUUCUAGCCAGUACCCCUCGAGCCACUUUCUGUCUCGCUUGUAACGGGACCAAGAUGUGGCCAGCCAAUAUCCUACCCCCGCCUCAUGAGAUUCGUUCAUCUCGAGCUCGGCUCCCGAUUUCGACAUUGCGUUAUCCUUUGCAGACGGACACUGGAAAUACUCUAAACACACUCGAGCUUGGACUCCAUCCUGAUGCCGGAACGGUCAGAAGGCCUUCGUAG